GGGUCUGUUUUAUUCCAGUCAUGACACUGGAUAGUCUCGAAGGAGUCGUCGUGACAAUCGAUAACUCUCUGUUAUUCGUACAGAAUACUGUCAGAUCUCCUACACAGAUACAGAGCUCCCAUUAAACAUGGCCGGUCAAGCUCUACAAUUGGUCGCAUUUGCGGGCCUUGCAGCUCGUGUGCUAGGCGCUGGGUUCCGAACCGUUGGCUCGUCAGGCUGCACGCCACAGAUGGUCUUUCUUCAGCCCUACACAGACAACGCCAUCUUCAUAGACAAUUUCCACGCCAACUAUGGCGGACCUGGCGUCAACCUCCAGACCGGUGCCCAUUCGACGACCGCAUACGUGUAUGAUGGGACCAACGUGCCAGUCUUUGGCACGUCGUAUAAUUGGCGGACGAAUGCGCUGCGUAAGCUUCACCCCGUGACCAACACGUUUUGCUCUGCCGGUGCCUUUUUUCCGGACGGGACGUUGGUGAACCCGGCGGGAGCAGAGCCAGACGCGGCGAACGGGGUGGGCGAUGGGUUCAAUGCCCUCAGGUUUUUCGCUCCUGGGCCUUGCUCGACGCAGUGUACGAAUGACUGGGUCGAGAACAGCCGGAAGCUGCAGGUCAGACGGUGGUAUCCGACGACGGUCAACCUCGUGAAUGGGGACAUUGCUGUCGUUGGGGGCUCGAAUGUGGGCGGGCUUGUGCUGAAUGAGGCCAAUAUCAAUGUUCCGACGUAUGAACUCGUCUUGCAGAGCGGCACGCCCAAGGCGCCUGUGACACUGCCCAUUCUGCAGUUCACGACUGCGGAAAACAUGCAGCCCAACAAAUCGUACAAUCUCUAUCCGAUCCUCCACCUCCUCCCCAACACCCGCAACGCAAACGAAGUCUUCAGCCUGGCCGGCAACCAAGCCGUGAUCUGGGACUACUCCCUCGACCGCCUCGUCAAGACCCUCCCCAACACGCCCCUCCAACCCCGCGCAUUCCCCUCCUCAGCAACCAGCGUCAUACUCCCCAUCACCAACAACGCCCUCUCCCCCACAAUCCUCCUCUGCGGCGGCUCCAGCGCCGACAUUCCAGACCCAGUAGCCCUAGACGACUGCUACACCAUAUCCCCCUACGCCACAACCCCAACCUGGACCCCAACCGACCGCCUCCCAAACGGACCCCAAACAAUGACCGACGCAAUCCUCCUCCCAGACGGCACAACCCUCCUCAUCAACGGCGCCCACCGCGGCUCCGGCGGCGGCUUCCAGGCCGACGACCCAGUCCUCGUCCCCCUAAUCUACAACCACUCCGCCCCGCUCGGCUCCCGCUUCACCUCCCAGCCCGCAACCUCCAUCCCACGCCUCUACCACUCCACAGCCACCCUCCUGCCCUCAGGCGAGGUCCUAGUCGCAGGCUCCAACCCAGCAGUCGGAUACACCGCCGUUGGCGCCGUGCCCGGCGGCUGGCCGCUCUUCUCAAACAACGGCCACCAAGCCUUCCUGCACCAGCAGCAGCGCCAGAAUUCACGCUACCCAACCGAGUACCGCGUCGAGAUCUUCGCGCCGCCGUACAUGAGUGCUUCGUCGCGGCCUGUGCUGACGACCGUGCCGGCGAGUAUCGGGUAUAACAGCGGGUUUGCGGUCGUGGCGUCGGGCACGACGGCAGCGGGGGCGGAUGUGCGGUUUGUGCUUGUGCGUACGGGGUUCCAUACGCAUGCUGUGGGCAUGGUGCAGAAUAUGGUUUAUUUGAGUGCGGUGAGGGGCACUGCGAGUGGGGCGUUUACGGUGACGUCGGUGCUGAAUGGGAGUGUGAUGCCGCCGGGGGUGUAUUUGUUGUUUGUGGUGGUGAAUGGGGUGCCGAGUGAGGGGAAGUGGGUGAAGCUUGCGUAGUUGGGAUGGGAGAGGGGUGGGAGGUCGUGAUGUGUACCUUUGUAUCUGAUCGUCUCAGGAUAAUGUCAUUAUCUCUUUCCGCUAUUGGAAUAAUGGGUGCUAUUAUGCU